UCAUCAGUUAUAUUAAGACCGGACUUUUUCACAAUAGUCCUCCGACCAGUUUUCCGACCGGGCAGAGAGUGUUCCUCUGAAAGCUCCGGCGAAUGGCUCUCUCGUCGACGUCUUCCUCCUCAUUGCUCAACCGAGCUAUCCCUUCUCAGGAGCUUAAAGCUCCUCUGAUCAGCCCGUUUCGGCUGUCGGAUCAGAAAUUGGUUUCGUCGGUGACGAUAAGUACUUCGAGGAGACUCAGCUUUGUCAAACCAGUCUGUGCAGAGCCCAAGAGGAGUGACUCAGUCAUUCCUCUUGCAACAGCAACUGCUGCUGCCCCAGAAGUCGAGGAGAAAACGGACACCGAGGACUACGAGAAAUUGGCGAAGGAUUUGGAGAAUGCCUCCCCACUUGAGAUCAUGGACAAGGCCCUCGAGAAGUUCGGGAGCGAUGCGGCCAUUGCUUUUAGUGGAGCUGAGGAUGUAGCCCUCAUUGAGUAUGCGAAGCUCACCGGUCGACCCUUUAGGGUCUUUAGUCUUGACACUGGAAGACUCAACCCGGAGACAUACCAGUUCUUUGAUGCGGUGGAGAAGCACUACGGGGUUCGCAUCGAGUACAUGUUCCCUGAUGCUGUAGAGGUUCAGGCCCUUGUCAGAAGUAAAGGGCUCUUCUCCUUUUACGAGGAUGGCCACCAGGAGUGCUGCCGGGUGAGGAAGGUUAGGCCCUUGAGGAGGGCCCUGAAGGGCCUCCGAGCUUGGAUAACAGGCCAAAGAAAGGACCAGUCCCCCGGGACAAGAUCCGAGAUUCCUGUCGUCCAGGUGGAUCCUGUCUUUGAAGGUAUGGAUGGUGGAAUUGGAAGCUUAGUGAAGUGGAACCCUGUCGCCAAUGUGGACGGCCGAGAUAUAUGGAACUUCCUUCGAGCCAUGGAAGUGCCUUUGAACUCUCUCCACUCGAAGGGAUACGUCUCCAUUGGGUGCGAGCCGUGCACCAGGCCGGUUCUGCCUGGGCAGCACGAGAGGGAAGGAAGGUGGUGGUGGGAGGAUGCAAAGGCUAAGGAGUGUGGACUCCACAAGGGGAAUAUCAAAGAAGAGGGAACACAACAACUCAAUGGAAAUAGAAAUGGAAACGGCGCUUCUCUUUCAAAUGAUAUCUUCAAUAGCCCGGAUUUGGUCACCCUGAGCCGACCGGGAAUAGAGAAUUUGGCCAAACUGGAGAACCGGAAGGAGCCGUGGCUCGUUGUGCUUUACGCUCCUUGGUGCCAAUUCUGCCAGGCAAUGGAAGGAUCAUAUGUCGAAUUGGCUGCGAAACUGAAGGAGAGCGGAGUGAAAGUCGGGAAAUUCAGGGCCGAUGGAGACGAGAAGGAAUUCGCAAAGCAGGAACUGCUGCUCGGGAGCUUCCCAACCAUCCUCUUCUUCCCGAAGCACUCCUUGAAGCCCAUCAAGUACCCAUCGGAGAAUAGAGAUGUGAACUCUCUUAUGGCCUUCGUGAAUGCCCUGCGAUGAUGAUCUUGGUACCUACCGCUACCGUGGUGGGUCCGGAACUUAUUGCAAGAGCCAGUCUUGUUUUAUAUUGAAAGGGCUUGAGAGGAACUGCCGGGGAAAGCUGCUUGUAAGGAGUCCUAAUUUUGGAGGGCGCCCUAUAGUUUUGAUACAUUUUAUUUUAAAAUUCGUGCCUUUCUUUUUCCUAGUUGUAUAAUUCUAGGGAAGCAAGUCCAUUUUUCUAAAGGUCAAUAAUAAUAAAAAGAGAGUACCCCUUUCUUUUUAUUCCAAUUUAAGUUUUUUCUUGACUUAUGUCCGAUGUAUAAUUAGGUAAAUGUAAGAAAAACCCAAUUAUAAAUUUAUGAGCGCCAUCACCUCGGUGAUCUGACAAUGUA